CUCCGCGCGGGGCCCGCCGCCCGCGCCUCCGACACCCGGCCGCGGCUCGCCGACCUUCUGCGCCCACCGCCCAGCGCCCCUGCCCAGGGGAGGGGUCCUCGUUGUCCCUCUCCGUCCUCGUGACCCUGCGCGCACGAUUGGGGGACGCGGGGACUCCAGGGUCUUCUGCCCCACGCCGCCCGCCCCCCGUCUUCUUUCUCCGGGCAGACCCCCGCCCCCAGCCUCUUUCUCUCUCCCACCCCCUCGCCUCGACCCCCCCACAUUGUCACACUCCGGCGCGAGGGGGGCUUCCCAGAUCGACAGGAUGUACCCUCAGGGAAGGCACCCGACCCCGCUUCAGUCCGGUCAGCCCUUCAAGUUCUCGAUCUUGGAGAUCUGCGACCGCAUCAAAGAGGAAUUCCAGUUCCUUCAGGCUCAGUAUCAUAGCCUCAAGCUGGAAUGUGAGAAGUUGGCCAGUGAGAAGACCGAAAUGCAGCGACAUUAUGUCAUGUACUAUGAGAUGUCCUAUGGGCUCAACGUUGAAAUGCAUAAGCAGGCUGAGAUUGUGAAGCGCCUUAGUGGCAUCUGUGCUCAGAUUAUCCCGUUCCUGACCCAGGAGCAUCAACAACAGGUGCUACAGGCGGUGGAGCGUGCCAAGCAGGUGACUGUGGGGGAGCUGAACAGCCUUAUUGGGCAGCAGCAGCUCCAGCCACUGUCCCACCAUGCCCCCCCUGUGCCCCUCACCCCUCGUCCAGCUGGGCUGGUGGGUGGCAGUGCCACGGGGCUGCUGGCCCUGUCUGGAGCACUGGCCGCCCAGGCUCAGCUGGCUGCUGCUGCCAAGGAGGACCGGGCAGGCGUGGAAGUUGAGGCGUCCAGAGUGGAGAGAGCCCCGAGCAGGAGUGCAUCCCCCUCACCCCCUGAGAGCGUGGUGGAAGACGAGCGACCAGGUGGCCUGGGUGGCAACGGGAAGCAGCAAGCUGAGGAAAAGGAUCUGUCCGGACCUUAUGAAAGCGACGAGGACAGGAGUGAUUACAACCUGGUGGUGGAUGAGGACCAACCCUCAGAGCCUCCCAGCCCAGCUACCACCCCAUGUGGAAAGACGCCCAUCUGCAUCCCCGCCCGUCGGGACCUUGUGGAUAGUCCAGCCUCCUUGGCCUCCAGUCUCGGCUCACCGCUCCCCAGAGCCAAGGAACUCGUCCUGAACGAUCUUUCCACCAGCACUCCCGCCUCCAAGUCCUGCGACUCCUCCCCACCCCAGGAUGUGUCCACCCCCGGGCCCAGCUCCGCCAGUCACCUCCGCCAGCUCGCUGCCAAACCAACGCCUUCCACGGACAGCAUUGCCUUGAGGAGCCCUCUGACCCUGUCUAGUCCCUUCACCACGUCCUUCAGCCUGGGCUCCCACAGCGCUCUUAAUGGGGACCUCUCUGUGCCCAGCUCCUAUGUCAGCCUUCACCUGUCCCCCCAGGUCAGCGGCUCUAUGGUGUAUGGACGCUCCCCCAUGAUGACAUUUGAGUCUCAUCCACAUCUCCGUGGGUCAUCCAUUUCUUCCUCCCUGCCCACCAUCUCUGGGGGAAAGCCGGCCUACUCUUUCCACGUGUCUGCCGACGGGCAGAUGCAACCGGUGCCCUUCCCAUCGGAUGCGCUGGUGGGUGCGGGCAUCCCGCGCCACGCACGGCAGCUGCACACGCUGGCGCAUGGCGAGGUGGUCUGCGCUGUCACUAUCAGUGGCUCCACACAGCACGUGUACACGGGCGGCAAGGGCUGCGUGAAGGUGUGGGACGUGGGCCAGCCUGGCGCCAAGUCACCUGUGGCCCAGCUCGACUGCCUGAACCGGGACAACUACAUUCGUUCCUGCAAGCUACUGCCGGAUGGCCGGAGUCUGAUAGUGGGCGGUGAGGCCAGCACCUUGUCCAUUUGGGACCUGGCAGCGCCCACCCCCCGCAUCAAGGCUGAGCUGACCUCCUCGGCCCCUGCUUGCUACGCCCUGGCCGUCAGCCCCGACGCCAAGGUCUGCUUUUCCUGCUGCAGCGAUGGCAACAUCGUGGUCUGGGACCUGCAGAACCAGACCAUGGUCAGGCAGUUCCAGGGCCACACGGAUGGUGCCAGCUGUAUUGACAUUUCCGACUAUGGCACUCGGCUCUGGACAGGGGGCCUGGACAACACCGUGCGCUGCUGGGACCUGCGGGAGGGCCGCCAGCUGCAGCAGCAUGACUUCAGCUCCCAGAUAUUUUCCCUGGGCCAUUGCCCCAACCAGGACUGGCUGGCCGUCGGCAUGGAGAGCAGUAACGUCGAGAUCUUGCACGUCCGCAAGCCAGAGAAAUACCAGCUGCACCUUCAUGAGAGCUGCGUGCUCUCCCUGAAAUUUGCCUCCUGUGGGCGCUGGUUUGUGAGCACCGGGAAGGACAACCUGCUCAAUGCCUGGAGGACGCCAUAUGGCGCCAGCAUUUUCCAGUCUAAAGAGUCAUCCUCUGUGCUGAGCUGUGACAUCUCUGGGAAUAAUAAGUACAUCGUGACAGGCUCGGGGGACAAGAAGGCCACUGUGUAUGAGGUGGUCUACUGAGAGAACCCCCCUUCUUGCAGCCCUACUCUGGGGGGAGGGGUGUUCAGGACAGAGAUCCCAACACCCCCCUCUCCAGGUGUACCUGUGGGUACCAAAUCUCAUCUGCUUUUUGGUCGACCCCCUCAUAUCUUCCUCUGCCAGAUGUGGGGCCAGCUGGGCAGGGGGACUUUGGGGGAAUAAACAUUAUUUAUCACAA